UGGGGCCCGGCGAGGAGGCUGGACGUGGCGGGGACCGGAGAGGCCGCGAUGAAGCCGAGCGGCGAGGCCGGGGCGGCGCCCUCCGCGGGCCCCUGGGAGGAGAGCUUCGAGGCUGCGGUGCAGCUGGCGCUGCGGGCGGGACAGAUCAUCAGAAAAGCUCUUUCUGAAGAAAAACAUGUCUCAACAAAAACAACAGCUGCAGAUCUUGUGACAGAAACGGACCACCUGGUCGAAGAUCUAAUUAUUUCUGAGCUACAGAAGAAGUUUCCUUCACACAGGUUCAUUGCGGAAGAGGCUGCAGCAGCGGGGGCCAAGUGUGUGCUCACUCCCAGCCCCACCUGGAUCGUCGACCCCAUCGAUGGAACCUGCAACUUUGUGCAUAGAUUUCCAACCGUGGCAGUAAGCAUUGGGUUUGCUGUGAACCAAGAGCUUGAGUUUGGAGUCAUUUACCACUGCACUGAGGAGCGGCUGUACACAGGCCGGCGGGGUCAGGGCGCCUUCUGCAAUGGCCAGCGGCUCCGGGCCUCCAGGGAGACAGAUCUCUCAAAGGCCUUGGUUCUAACAGAAAUUGGCCCCAAACGUGACCCUGCUACUCUGAAAUUGUUCCUGAGCAACAUGGAGAGGUUACUUCACGCCAAAGCUCAUGGGGUCCGAGUGAUUGGCAGCUCCACCCUGGCACUCUGCCACCUGGCCUCAGGGGCCGCAGAUGCCUAUUACCAAUUUGGCCUGCACUGCUGGGACCUGGCUGCAGCCACGGUCAUCAUCAGAGAAGCAGGUGGCAUUGUUAUAGACACUUCAGGUGGACCCUUCGACCUCAUGUCCUGCAGAGUGGUUGCUGCAGGCACCCGGGAAAUGGCCACACUCAUAGCUCAAGCCUUACAAACUAUUAACUAUGGGCGAGAUGAUGAGAAGUGACUGGGAGCAGACAAUGAAGAGAACAGACUCAAGGACUGGGCUUCCCAGGCAUGCUAAAGCUGGCAGCUCCUGGGCAGGAAGUGCCUUGAGUAGCCUGCACUCUGUCACACAUGCGUUCCUCUCCACCCCAAAGGAAGGUGUUUUGCUAACGUAUGUGACUCUCUGGUUAAUUGCACAUCUUUCACCGGGAUUUGGUGUUUAGCUGGUUUCUCUCUGUAAUCACACACAGCCUUUUUCAGGUUAGUACAAUUCUUCUAUCAGGGCCAAAACCCAAAUCUCAGAUGACAUAUGUAUUGACAAUGCAAUCUUGAUUACCCCACACACCCCACUCCCCACUCCACCACCGAAUGCAAAUCUCAGGUAUUAAGGCUUUAGAACUGCUGAUAAAGCGGACUUGUUCUCAGGCCCUCCCCGUGGUACUUCACAAUGCAAUAAAUCAAAGUAAUGGCACUCUGCUCAACUGUUUCCCGCUGUAAGUGUGUCGCCUGCUACCCCAAACAAGCCACAGAAUCCACAGCUGUAGAUCUCAGCUCUUUAGGAAGGUUUGCAUAUUAAAGCCCUAAGUCAACAGAAUUUGCUAUCUGUCUUCAGCCUUUCACAAACACUCUGAAAACUUCAGUGUUUCAAAUCCAAUAUGUGGGUCACAUUGACUAGCAAUUCAUCUGAAAUGCUAUUGUUUUUGUCAUCAGCUUAAUGAAAAAGUAUAGUAUUUUCUGGGCCUUAUUUUUUCCUCUUAAGAAGGCAGAAGUAUAUAUAUGAAUAAUUCUAGUGAGGAUAGUCAGUGACUAGACAGGUAUCUUUUCUGAAGUUUAAGAAUUGAGAAAGUUUUAGGGCACAGAAUUCCAACCCACUCUUAACUUUUUCUCUUCUGUAUUCAUAAUUUGCUAUCAAUAGCAACAAAUAUAGAGCAGUUAGCCUAUAUGGUAACCCAGGUUACUCUCACCAAGCUACUGCACUGGAAUGUCCUCAGCAAGCCCCAGCUGAGCCCCAAUACCUGUCCUCUCCCACAUUGGUAGCCUCAGAAUCCCUUCAUGGUUAACUUCCACACCCUCCACCUCUAACAGCUGUGUAUAGUGCCCACUCCCAGCUAAUGACUGACAAUAGAAAGGGAUUCUACAGAGAAUUAUUCCUCUUGGGAGGAAAGUGCUGAGAUGCCCUGCCUCCACUUCCCCUUGGUUUAGUUACUGAUGGAUUUGCCAUCUAAAGGAAGCUGUUUCCUUUUCUGAUCUGAAUGGGGUGGCUAGGCAAAGCCCUGGGAGGCACAUAGUCCAGGAACCUGUCUUUGGGAGGUCUGGUCUCCUUUGGUUGUAAGGAUCUAAUGUCCACUGUGUAUGUAGCCCCCAACCCUGCCCCCUUUUGACUCCUGCAGGAAGACAGCAUAUCAUGUGCAGAGCCACAAUACUUGAGGGACAGUCUGUGGGGCUUAGCGGACAACUGAUACUUCUGCCACCCUCAAAGCCUUGGGUUUCCCACACUCCCAGACCAGUGUCCUGCCCCUCAUCCACCCACAGUAAAGGUACACUGUUCCUCCAGAGACCACCUGCCCACACCCAGAGCUUUCAGAUCAUUAGUUGUUCUACCUCUGUUGAGCCAGAACUUCCAUCUCUGCUCUGAUUUUUACCUGUAGGUCAUGAAUCACUAAAUGAGGCUUCCAUGUGAUGGUGUUUGAACAUGAAUAAAUACUCAUCCCUUCCCUCCUCUCCAGGUAAAGUUGCUCUUGGUCCCCUCCUUGACACCUGGCAUUGGCCCCUUCUCCUCACAUCUUCCUGACUUCAGGUUUGAUCUGCCCCUGUCCUGCUCUUGUCAACCAGUCUGAAUUCUCAUUCAGUUUUCAGUCAUGCAGAUUGCCCUGUGGACAGGCCAUGAGUUUCGAGAAUGCUGAUGUGCACCCCUGCUAUGCCACCUCCAGGUGCCAUCCUGGCAUAGCUGGAUUGUAAAGUCAUGCAUUUGUCCACUCCAGCACAUCUUCUUUUGCCAGUAGCUGUGGCCUGCCCUUUCAGAAUCUUUUGGGAUUCUGAUUCUCUGUUCUAGAAUGGCUGAGUCUCUAGAAGUUUAUUUGCUUAGCUGACAUUAAGAGCUGUUGACCAUGGGGUAGGGGAAAAGAAGAUGCUAGUUUGGAUCAAGAUGCACACAGAAUUUUUCAGCACCCCACUCAAGAUCCCUUUCCCAUUCUCACUAGUCCAUUCAUCACCACUGAUGGCCAUCCAUCAGUUCCGACUUUAUUUAACUACAGUGUCAGCCUGUACUUCUCCCUUGUCCACAGGCUGGCAAAAAGUCUUCCCACAUGACCUGGUGAAUUGUAGAUUCAAGGCUGUUGCUGUCUAUCAUGUGAGCCAUUAACCCCAUGUGGCUAUUUGAAGCUAAAUGAAUUAAAGUUAUGUUAAACUUAAAGCUUAUUUCCUCAAUUGCACCAAGUACUUAUACUUCACGUGGUCAGUGCCCCUCAUAUUGGACAGUGCAGGUAAAGUGCAGGUAUUUCCAUCAAUUUCAAAGUUCUAUUGGAUAGCACUAUAUAGAGUGACACUCUGUUCUAAAAUCUGGAUUAAUUUUAUACACAGCACCCUACCCUCUAUUUGAUGUAAUCUAUAUUCCUCCCUGGUUUUGGGGAACUAGACAAUACUUAUCAGUUUCUCAUCUUGCAGGGUUCCAUGUAGCAGUCUUGCCUGCAGGUGGCUCCCAGGUCAUCACUUUGCAAGGCACAUGUGGCUGUAGAACAAGAUCAAGAGACUAAUCUGAAGCCAGAGUAGGACCAGAGCAAGAUGGAUUAAGAGCCUUGGGAGCAGAUAGAUAAAUCCUAGCAUUGCAGGUAAUCCUAGGAAUCUAUGACAAGAGCAGCCUUAAAGGGAAACAUAAAGGGAAAAGACAUGGAGAUAGUUGUUCCUUGGUUAGAGCAGGGCCAAGAGGACAGCAGUUAUGAGUUUGAUCUUUUGUAGAACUGUCUGGAAGAGCUGACUUCUGCCAUGGCUGCUGCUUUGUAUUGUUCCCUCUGUACCCUCCCCCAACACCACCCCCUGGAGGCCUGUAGACUGCAGCAGCAGAAAGUGCUGGAUUGAGGUCAGCAAACCCUGUCCUGACUGAGGACAGGUUCCUCCUCCCAAGCCUCAGAUGCUACCCUGACAAUUGCACAUGCCCCCUCCCUCCCUGGUUGUUGAGGGACUGCCUGACCCUGACUCCCAUUGACACUCUGCAUGUGUCACCAGAAUCCAGGACAAGGGUUUCCCCUUGAUGACUUUGAGAGCCUGGAUCACUCAUGUUGCACCUACAAGUCCUGGCUACAAAGUAAAUGCAUGUUCAGCACACUCUGAAAUGGGUCGAGUCGGUCCGAGGGUUUGUGGGUAUUGUUAAAGUGUUAAGCUGAAAUAGGUCAUCAACAAAUGCUCAAUGAAUACAACAAAUUUGACCAGAGAUCAGCAAAUAAUUUUUCUCUGAAUUCUGUUUAUGUGAAAAUAAUAUGACAACUAAAGGAAUGUUUUAGCAUAUUUUGUUGCUUUAAGUUUCUCUUUUUUUCCCCUUCCAAUUCAUGUAUCAAGGCAGGCUUCCUUGUGCUUCACUUUAAUGCCUCCCUGUGAUCUCAGGACUAGCACCUACUCUCUCCCAGUCUUUAUCCUGCACAUCUUUCACAUAGAAGGGUGCGCCAGCUGCCAGUACUGCAUCUGAAAGACCUUUGAGU